UCGGAAGCUCCGAAACUGGUUUCCGGCCACCUCAGCGGGAAGCGCAGACGCAGGCAGCUGGGUCUUGGGAACUAAGGUAGACGUCUGACUGUUGUCGCGGCGGAGGAAGUCAGGACGUCUGGGGCCACCCGGGCCAGCGUUGGACCCCUGAAGCCCGUGAAGAUGGUGUUGCUUACGAUGAUCGCCCGUGUGGCGGACGGGCUCCCGCUGGCCGCCUCGAUGCAGGAGGACGAACAGUCUGGCCGGGAUCUUCAACAGUACCAGAGUCAGGCCAAGCAACUCUUCCGCAAGUUGAAUGAGCAGUCCCCUACCAGAUGUACCUUGGAAGCUGGCGCCAUGACUUUCCACUACAUUAUUGAGCAGGGAGUUUGUUAUUUGGUUUUGUGUGAAGCUGCCUUCCCUAAGAAAUUGGCUUUUGCCUACCUGGAAGAUUUGCACUCAGAGUUUGAUGAACAGCAUGGGAAGAAGGUGCCCACUGUGUCUAGGCCCUAUUCCUUUAUUGAGUUCGAUACCUACAUUCAGAAAACCAAGAAGCUCUACAUUGACAGCCGUGCUCGGAGAAACCUAGGCUCCAUCAACACUGAAUUGCAAGAUGUGCAGAGGAUCAUGGUGGCCAAUAUUGAAGAAGUGUUACAACGGGGAGAAGCACUCUCAGCGUUGGAUUCAAAGGCUAACAAUCUGUCCAGUCUGUCCAAGAAAUACCGCCAGGAUGCGAAGUACUUGAACAUGCGUUCCACUUACGCCAAACUUGCAGCAGUCGCUGUAUUUUUCAUCAUGUUAAUAGUGUAUGUGCGAUUCUGGUGGCUGUGAAGUAGUGUAUCCAGUCACUGGCAAGGGUAAACCUAGAACCCGGCAGGUGUAUGUUUUCAGGAAGCUGAGCUCACAGAGAUGUGUAUUAGAAUUCCAAGUGGAACUUUUGCUUCUAAAGACCUUGCAAGGAAAGCCAUGUCCUGAAAAUGGAGUGUUACACCUCAUUUGAUGAAGCUUACCCCUUUGUAGAAAGUCUCUUUUGGGGGCAGAGGCUUUCUCUGGGUGUUGAGCUAUAUAUGUUAGGGAACAGUAGAUUGUUUUAUUUUGGUUUUUUUCCCUCCCAGUGUUUUUACAUUUUUAAAAUAGCACUGAGUGGGGCAUUUUCUUUCUCUAAUAGAGCCAUCAGUGAGAUCUGGCUUAGCCUGUGCUAGCAACAGUCUGAAAUUCCUUCAGAGAAGGCAGCCCGUUGGAAAGGUUUUUGACUGUAUCUAAUCAACAUUCCUUUUGUUGGUGACAUUUGUGAUUUUCAGUAAUUUAAGUUUUUGAUGGCCUUGUAAAAAAGACUCCACUAUGUGAAGGUUAAUUGCUGUGCUGCAAAGAUCUUGUCUAUUGGCCCCUGUAGGAAGUUAACCUUUUUGUUUUCCUUUUAUGACAUUUUGCUUAUUGCACAACUGCUUUAGGGAUAAUUGAAUUAUAUUCAGAUGUCUUGAAAUUAUAUUAUAGCACUCCUUGAUUAAGAAGCUAAAGUGUUUUCUGUCAUUUACUUUGUAAAAGACUUAAAUUUAGUUUGGGACGUUCUUACUUUUACUUUUCAGCAUCCGGUUUGUAGUAAUAGAAGAGUAAGUAUAGCAUACGGCUAGCCAGAGCCCCUCGACUUAAUGGGAAGAUAGGUCCCAGCCCAUCACUACAGCUUUGUCUUGCCUCUUUUUACUUUCUCUACUCUCUAGUAGUAGUUUUCCCCAUUCUCUUUUCCUCCUUCUGACAUUUAAAAAAUUCCUCUGUGCACAGUAGUUUCAUGUCCCAUAAGCAUUCUCUCAGGAUAUUCUCAAAUUUCAAAAUGGAAAAUGUUCAGCUAUGUAGUUAGAUUUAAAUUUUUACAGAGCAGCUACUCAAACUACUAAAUAUAUUUAUCUGAGAAGGUCUCUGAGAACACCUCAUACCUGCUUCAGUUUAUGUAAAUUCUCUGAGAAUGUUCUAGAGAUAGGUAACUCAUUUCAGUGGCUUCUAUUAACAAAUAAAAGUACCUGCAAUUUUUCCCUUUUUUGCUCAGGGAUGAUGGGGAUUUCCUUUUACCUUCUGAGGUAGGAUUUUUUAAUUGAGGAGAAUAGACCUUUUAAAUAUUAUCACAAGGGUCUACAGUAUAACCUGGAACUUACACAUACUGCAGAUAUUUCUUUAAAGUCAUACAGGAAAAUGAGCCAACUUCUUAACAUCUUUGGAGAGAACUUUAACUAGUAAACAAUUUUAUAACUAAGGAAUCAUCAAAGCUACUGUCCUGAUUCCUGAUAGGGAAAAAAACAAUCCUAUUUCCUUAAAGCAAGAAGAAGUGGCUUAUUUUGUUCCUGAUAAUUUACAGAACUAGAAUAAAUUUUUUUCUUUCCAGUUUGGACUUAAAUCUACCAAUUGGAGUCUGUGCAUGAAAUACGAAGUUACUUUUUAUAGAGAUUAAGUGCUUUUAAGUCCCUAGAAAGCUUGUCCCUAGAGUAAUGAUGUUGGUAAUAAAAGCCUCAAAAUCUGAAAACCUUAGUGGUACCAUAGCAUUUGGUUCUUCUACCGAAGUGGAGUGGCAGCUCGUUGUUGAGAGUUGCAUGCAGCAACCAAGUGGCCAGCAAUGAAAUAAAUACUUCUAGAAUGUUC